UGUGGCAAAGAUUUAAUUUGUGAAAUUUGCUAAGCGGUGUCUAAAUGUCCUCAAAAAGGAGUUGAGACGCCGGUGGACCUCUAUCCUGUAUCAUGUGUGUGGUGUUCACCGAUGGGAAGAAAAAGUACAGGUGUUACCAUGACGACCUCAUCGAUGACCAACAAAUAAGAAAGAAAUGGUUGAAGAAGGGGUCUGCUGCCUGGAAUGCUCUCAAGGCUGUCGUACUAGAUAAAAAUCUCUUGAGGGUCUUCAGUCAGUUGACUUUAUUCAAGCAUACCAGAACACUGUUGAAGUACUUUGGAGCACAACCAACUCUACCCGCCCCUGAUGUUUCAUCAAGUGUCAGUGCCUCCACAGCUGAUGAUGCAGCAGGUUCAUCCACUGCGGAGUUACAAGCACCUGAAAGCGAGGAGCAGUUACAAGCACUUACAUUUACUGAUACAUCGGUUUCAACUUCAGCCGGCAUGACAGGUCCUUCUACAUCUGCACCCACUGCUAUAGAUUUCCCAUCAACUCCCUCAACAAGCUCCAGCUAUCAAGACAGAUCUACAGCUCCUCCAAUUGACCAAGUAGAAUGGUCUGAAUUCCUGUCAGACUCAAAAAGGACUGAUCUGGUAAGAAGAGGGCCAGUGCCAAUAAGUGACACCUUCACCUUCCCCAAAAAAUCAGAUGGACGAAGCUUUCACUACACUCUAAAAAACAAUGGGUAGUUGGGUUAAUAAUUUUAACCCAGCCAAUGGGUUGUUUUUUCUACCCAAAACUUGGGUUAUUUUUUACUAAAAU